UGGUUUGCAUCAAAUGUUAGAUGUUUCAGUAAAUUAAAAACCUUUUGUUGGCAAUUCUAUUAUGUACAUACAGUAUAAAGAUACGUAGAUAUUUUUUUUUUAGUUUUCAUAAUUUUGGAUGUGACAGAAGGGAAAAAUGCUUUCUCAUAUAACUUUCGUAAAGGACUGUUAUGAUUAAUUGUGAGGAAUGGGGUGUUUUUGUUUCUGGUAAUGUUUUGUAUUUUAAUAAUAAACAUCAACUUCUCUGAUUGUUCAAAUUAUUCUAAAUGAAAAUAAUUUUGUGAUAGUGGGCAUUUAAAAAUGUAAGUAUAUUACUAAAUGUCUGAGUAACGAUCUAUCACUUUGCAAUUCGGUCUACUUGUAGUCUACCCAGGCUCCUUUUAUCAUUUGUUUGCCUGAAGCACAUGAACGCACCCCGUCUGAUAACUUCAGUUAUUAAAUGGAAUGGCUCCUCCUGGCGGACGCAUCGUAAAUUACAAGGAGUACAAACGUUUUCACUCUUGUUUACUCUGUUUGCUACCCUCUAUUAGCUUGGACACGCUAUGAGCGAAAGAGAAAUUGUCGUUGUUACAGGUAAAAUAAGAAUUUGCUCAAUGAUAUGUACACUCUUCAUACUUUUAAAAACACGUGUUGAAUACACUUUGAAGGGUUUGGACCGUUCAGACAGUUCUUGGUGAACCCCAGCUGGACAACAGCCCAGCUGUGUGUUUCGUUUACCGCAGGGAUUAAAGUUGGCCGGGAUGGGACAGCGCAUCGAUGUUUACAUCAAGGAACUGCCAGUUAGCUACAGUUCAACCCAGAGGAUUAUUGCUGAGCUUUGGCAGACCCUUAAACCAAAGUUUGCUGUUCCCCUGGGCAUAGCCAGAGGUUCCAGUCUUGUCAUUUUGGAGCAAACUGGUAAGAACAGCGGAUAUAGCACCCGAGACGUUUGCAACUGCUCCCCCACAGAUCACCUCUGCAUCGUAGGCGGCCCAGAGAAACUGGACUCCGUUGUUAAUAUGAGGACCAUCUCCAAGCACUUUAAGCAAGCAGGAAUGGAUGUGGUUCAUUCUAGAGAUGCUGGCAGAUACUUGUGUGAUUUUGCUUAUUACUGCUCACUGUAUCAUGGUGAGAGGAGAGCAGCUUUCAUCCAUAUACCCUCAUCUGGCAGUUUAUCCUCGGCUGAGAGACUGGUACCUCUUCUUCAGGAAACAAUUGUCAUGAUGCUUGAUCAGCUGGAAGAAGCCAAAUAUCACUCAGAAACAAUUGCAGGAAGCAUCUCAAAGUUGACAUAUGAUGUCCAAACCCACGCAGAGGAGAGUUCUAAUGAAAAGAAAUCUAAUACUUUCGGCUGUGCUGACACACCACAGUAACCUGCCUUCUGCUUCGUCCAAUAUCUGGUGUCCAGUACACUUGUUGAUGCUAUGUUAUAAAACAGGUUAAAAACCUGACUUCUUGUCAGCAUCUUGUCAUUUGUGCCAUUAGUGGAAACUCACUUCUAACCUGUCAAAACCAGAGUUGUUUCAAUUGUAUAUGCCAUGUAAAUAUAGCCUCAGCUAUGCUAUCGUAUACUUUGCUGUUUAUUCCUUCUGUCAAUGUUUUGUUUAGCACUAGGCCGGUGUCCAUUGCCAUCCUGAAAUUUCUCACCAGGGUUUAUCAGUGCUCAUCUCAGCCGGUGUUUAAUUUCAGGCACUGGUCAAAUAACACAGUGUCAGUGAUGCAGAUUUUAAACUGUUGUGACCAAUAAGAUGCUGAGUGUCACAUGAAAAUACUGCGGAGGUAUUGCACUUGGUGAGCCCAGGAUGUCGCUCUGUACAUAUCUGUAGCACUGAGAUUUUUUUUUUACCUCCUUUGUUCAUAGCUAAUAUAAAUAUGGGCCCUCUUCCGGUCUGGUGGCCAGUUUCUAAGAAAAAUCAGUCACUCUAUCACAUCAUACUUAUACACCAGGGAAAUAGAAAGCUAUGGAUUGACAAAUUUAAAGUUUACUGAAACUCAUAGACUUAAUAAGAAACACAAAUGUAAAGAAUUCCACGAUUUACAUUUAUUUUAAACAUAUUAUUAGAUCCCUUAACCCCGCAAGCAAGUAUAAUCAAUGGACGGAUAAAUAAUCUGUAAUAAUUCUACUGCAAUAAUAAAAACUGAUUCAUUGUAAGUUUUGUAAUACAUUUUUAACAGAGUUGUCAAUAAAAGUGUCUGGCACCA